AUCGAUCCAUCUCUUGACCUCUUCCUUCAUAUGUAUGAUGUCUUGCCCGGGACUAGCAACUGCCCGGGCUAUAUAUAUCUCCAUUCUCGAGCCUCCUCUAGAGGAUUUAUAACCGGGCUUCCCCCCCGCCAUAAGAAAUGGAAACAGAGAUUUGUCUUCAUUGAAUUUCCCCCUGACCAAUUUCCUUUCACUAACCCUGAGUGGGCUGACCGGGUUAUGAAACCUGAAAGGGUUCACCCGGAGCCCACUAAAGAGCUUGAGGAUGCCUGCGAGAAACUUCUCAAGGGUGAUCCUGUGACCGGGAAACCAUACAAUUAUGGGGGAUGGGUGUACCGGUUAAAAAAUCCGGAUGGGGGUGUAUCUGCGACCCAUGAUGCAGAAGAUGACCGGGCCAUCUCCCCGGAAGAUCAUGCUGAGGCCAGUUCUCCUCAUCCAGACAUGAACUUCAACAGGAUGAACACCAUCCUCGAGGAUGACAAUGAUGACGUCCAAGUCCUCCAUUUGGACCGGUCUCCUCCUUCCAAGCCUCCUUCUCCUCCUCUCAUCCCUGAAAUGGAUGAGGCUACAAGUGCCCGGUGUAGCCCUACCCAUGAAGAGAGCCAGAAGCAGAAAUCUCCUCCAGCCACCCAUCUCUCUGAAUAUGACCGGGUCCCUUCUCCUAAGAAAGAUGACAAGGCCAAAGGAAAAGAGACCGGUCAUUCUUCCUCUCACAAAAGGAAGGGUUCCCACAAGACUUCAAAGGGGGAAAGGAAGAAGAAGGUUAAGUUGUCAGAUUUGGAGGGGGAAUCCAUCGAAGUAACUUUCCUAUCCUUGGCCCAGAAACUCAACAAGGUUGGGGUCUUAUCUGAAGAAGUUGGCCGGUCACUUCUGGAAUCCAAUGACCGGGUCAGCGAACUCACCCUCCUUCUUGAUUCUGCCAAGUUGGAGAUCAAUGACCAGGUUGAGAGUGAGAAAAGGCUAAGGCUGGAGGAAGACCUGAUGGCGGAAAGGGCCAGGUUAGGGGAGGAAAAGGCCAAGUUGGAUGAGGAAAGGGCAAAGCUGGUGGAGGAGAAGAGAAAGGUGGCUGAGCUGGAAGAAGCUUUGGCCCAAGCCGAAGAAACUUCCCGGGCUAAAGAGGAAGCCUUUGUUGAAACACAGGCAUGUCACGUUUUCGUACUAAAGCCGUGUUCGCUUUUGUGACAGAUCCCAAAUCUUUUCAAUCCCUUAAAUCAAGCCAAUCACCCCUUUAAUGCAUUGUCCGUUGGAGCCUUCUUUGGCACUAUAAAAAGGGGUGUUUGGGUCUGCUUUUCUCACCAAUUCACUUCACAACAUCUAUACUUUCAUUGCAUUCAAAUAUCAUCAUUUUCCAUAGCUUUCUAGAGCCAUUUGUGUGUGAAGGUUGAGUUGUUCUUGAGCGUACUUAGUUUACUC